CAGAGGCGCGGUUGGCGGCCGGGUGGAGGGGGCGCGUACUCCGGGCGCGCAGUCGUCGUUGGGGCGAGGCGCCGGAGGCUAUACGUGGAGGACGCUCCCGACCGUGUGCGAGGCCGGCUGCUGUAGCCAUACCCCGGCAUAAGCCAAGAUGGCGUCACUCAGAUCGGUACUGGCGGCGGCCAUAUCCCGUGGUUGUCGUCUCGCGGUUACGACCCAGAGCGGGUCGCUAAGCAACAGUUCUAAAUCUCUACUAGUCCAGCAAGUCAGACCCAAGAGUUCGCUGGCCGGGAGAGAGUAUCUGCAGCAGAUUCCCCGGAUAGUAUCUGCCGUCCCUGCCUGCCAUCAGACCGCGAAAGUCAUAUUCGACGACAACAAGACCGCAGAGUUCAAAUAUAUCUGGCUGCGGGACAACUGCAAGUGUCCGUUGUGUGUGGACGUCGACACGCGUCAGAAGCUGCUCGACACGCCUGCACUCGACCCCAAGAUCAAACCGAAGGCUCUGCAGAUCAACGAUCGUGGCGACCUGGUCAUCACAUGGCAGUCCCACGGUGGCGAGGAGCACGUGUCCACAUUCACCAACGACUGGCUGUACCGGUACGGCCAGUGCUUCAUGCACGACACGUUCACGGCGCCCGCCACCCUGGAGGAGGAUGGUGCCUGGCCGCGGCCGCCGCUCACCCUCUGGAACCGCUACAUCAUCCAGAAGCGACUGCCAGAGGUCGACUAUCAGGAGUUCAUCGAGUCGGACGACGCGCUGUUCGAGUGGCUCGACAUGUUCUACAAGUUCGGCUUCGCCAUGCUGAGGAACGUGCCGACAGACCCGGAUCAACUAAAGGAAGUGGUCGGACGUUUCGCCUACAUCAAAGAGACGCAGUACGGCGUGACCUGGAGCGUGCGGAUCGACCCGACUCCCGGGGUGCACCUGUUCCAGACGGGGCUGCGCCUGCAGCUGCACACAGACAUGAACUACCGAGAGAACUCGCCUGGCAUGCAGCUGCUGCACUGCCUCAAGGCGGAGCACCCGGACAAGCUGGGACGCGACCCGGGCGGCCAGUCGUUCUUCGUCGACGGCUUCCGGGUGGCCAAGUGGAUGGAGGACAACGAGCCCUCGGCCUACCACAUCCUCACCUCGACGCCGAUCCUCUUCAGCAUCAAGAACAAGGGCCAGCGGUACGGCAACAUGGUGCCCAUCAUCGUCACCGACUCCGAGGGAGACGUCACCGAGAUUCACUACAACAACCGCACCAUGGGACCGCUUCAGGCUCCUGACCACGUCGUGGUGCCGUUCUACCACGCCUACAAGCUGUUCUCGGAGCGGAUGCGCCAGGAGUCACAGCAGCUGACGUUCCAUCUCCAGCCGGGAGACGUGGUGGCCUUCAACAACCGGCGCGUGAUGCACGGCCGGGGCAGCUACGAUCCCAACAAGGUGGAGAGACACCUGCGCGGCUGCUACGUGGACAUUGACGAGGCGUUUUCCAAGUACGACCAGAUGCUCUCGCAGCGGCCUCCGCUGCUGUAGGGCGCUCAAACGCCGGGCUGUGUCGACCGAAGGAGGAGAAGAAAGGCUGAAGAAGAAGUAGAGCUAGCUGCGGGGAAAGAAGAAGAAGCUAGCUAAGGGAACAGCUGGCUGAAGAAGGAGCUGACUAGGGCGGGGGGGGGGGGCAGGGCAGUGCUAGCGGAGGACAGAAAGGGCGUCGUGCAAGAUCGCUGGACACCAAGACUCCACAGCGUCCAUUGCACGCUAACCGCAUUGUAUUUCUGAAAGGGGCUGUCUUGAAGAAGCUUCUGUUUAUUGCGCUGUAGCGAGUUGGCGACUUGCUGAAUGUGGUUGGUAGAUUGAGUGGCAGGACUGUGACUGGGUUAGAGGGAUUCUACCCCGGUCAAGAUUUAGGGAUGGUGUGGUAUGCAAAGCAGAUAGCGUUCUUCCGGUGGUCCUCUUAACCAACUUUCGCGGUCUGCAUCUGUAUCUUGCAUUCGACACUUCGCUUUGCCGUCGUCUAUUGAUCGUACAGAAAUGCCUGCUUCCCCGCCCUUCUUUCACUUUGCCGUGGCAGGCAGAGAGAGAAGGCUGCGUCGUCUCCGUGAGACGUGAACAUAAAUAUGAGGUACAUAAUCUCACGGGGCAGAUGGUACCUAUUCUUUCUCUGGAUAAGAGUCUCUAGUUAAAUAGGAAUGAAAGAGAAAGAUGCUACACUCGAAGAUAUACCCAAGGAAGUCGGUGACUGUUAGAAUUAUGAUUUCAAUAAGUCAAGAGACGCAAAUGGUGCGCGAUAUGAUGCACAUUGCCUUUACUCUUUAGGUAUAGUUCAGUCCUAAUGUGGGGUGUUUUAUACGAAGCGCAUCCCAGCAAUAUAAAUUGAAGUUCAGCUACACGAUCGAGUAGCACCACAAACCUGCAUGAUCUUUACGAAACAGUUAUCCACUCAGGAACUGAUACUACUUACAGCAAACCCGUAAAUAAAACGAUAAACAUUGAACAUCGGACCAAACAUGAGUGCCUGGAUAUCAUGCUGCAAAUCCCAUAAAUAAUGCUAGUUCAAACGCCUAGAACUCGCAAGUGGUCAGAAUACGUGACAUAGAACAUCCCAAGCAAGCUCAGUUUCGGCAGUGUUUAUGGUCGCAACUUAAGGAUUUCAUCAGUCUUUUGAAUUGCAUUCCAAAUGUGAAUGAUAAAUAAAUGCGUGGUAGUGGCAAUAUUAGCAGAGCUAAAGAAAUUGAAGCAUGCGUCAUAAACGUUUUUCCACAAUAUUUUGCAACCCGGAAAACACAGGUGCGGUGAUGGAAGCAGUCGGACAUGAGGAUAAGUAGACACAGCCAUCCGGAUUCGAUCAUCGCUCAGCCGGCUGCUUUACACUCUCCGGCCGCUAAGAACAGCGUGAGAGGUCUGAUUUGAUCCUCUGGAUAUGGUGAUUAAUCAAAGUUGAAAAUUUGCCAACACUAAUACAAAGAUCAACUUCACUUUUGUAAAGAAAAGUUAU